AUGGAUGCAAGCGUCAAACUUGUUAAAGAAGAUGGACACAGCAAAUCAGUCGAUGCCUCUCGCUAUCAGUCAAUGGUAGGAAGUUUGAUAUACGCGGCAAUUGCUACCCGUCCAGAUAUAACUCAAGCAGUAACAACAUUAGCUAAAUUUAACACAGCACCGAACGAAGCACAUCUUACAGCUGUGAAACGCAUCUUUCGUUACUUGAAAGGAACUUGUAAACUAAGCCUGCAGUACCAAAAAAUCAGUAUCGAUUUAGAGGGAUACUCUGAUGCAGACUGGGCCUCUGACACAGACGAUCGACGGUCAACUUCCGGAAAUGUGUUUAUAAUAUCAGGUGGUGCAAUCAGUUGGGCAAGCAAGAAACAACCAACAGUGGCUCUUUCAACGUCGGAAUCGGAGUACAUUGCAUUAUGUUAUGCAACUCAAGAAUUAGUAUGGCUGCGACAACUGAUGAAAGACCUACAAAUAGAUUGUACUGCGGCUACAACCAUACAUGAAGAUAAUCUAGGUACAAUCGCUAUCUCAAAGAAUCCAGUACUACACAAGCGGACAAAGCACAUUGAUAUUAAACACCAUUUCGUGCGCGAGAAGUACUGUCCAACCAAGGAAAUGAAGGCAGAUAUUUUUACUAAACCAUUACCAAGAGAACAAUUUGAAUAUCUGCGAUGCAAACGGGGACUUGUAUAA